AUGUCCUCCAAAGCAGUGACUACUGCGACGACAGAUGAGCCCUUCACAACUGUCCUUGUCUCUGCAAUACCAAAGUCAUUUCGUUCAGCCGAUUUGAGAAACUUCUUUUCGUCGUUCGUUGAAACAAAAGCGUUUCGAUGCUUCCAUUUCCGCCAUCGACCCAUACCGCCAUCAUCAGAAACCACUAUCAGUCCGUCUUACAUAUGCUUUAUACAAGUGUAUAAUAAACGUUUGAAUGAAUUCAUACGUCUAUAUCAUCGAAAACAUUGGAUUAAUCUACAAGGCAAUUAUUUAUCAACACUUUGUCUGAUUAGUAAAGUGACCAAUGAAGAUCCGUCGAUGAUAAAUGAUUUGAUUGAAUUCAAACCACCGAAAUAUGUGUAUCCUCAAGGUAAUGUUGGAACGCCCACAUCGUAUUUUCUCGAGGAAAUCAAUGCAUGUCGAUUGCCACAAACAAUCAUUAAAAAACUAGCGCUAAUAUUUCCAAAAUGUCGAUCGAAGCGAAAGUAUGGUUGUGUUGGCUUUGAUUAUGGUUCCAUGAUUGAACAAGAUGAUGAUGAUGAUGAUGAUGAUGAAGAACAAGAAAGUAUUAGUGAUAUGGAAUUAAAAACUGGACAAGGUCAUGAGAUUCUUUCCGAACAAGAUAAGACUGCACUUGAUAAACUCAAUAAACAAAAAGAAGAAAGAGAGCGUGGCAAGGAUGACGAUUUGACGUCUGUGGAAGAUAAACGACUUGACGAAGAAGAAGAUGAACUUGAAGAAUGGGAUCGACAUGAAGCACAAUAUGAUGAUGUCACAAAGCAAGAUCGAACAUCUCCCUACUUUUUCGAACAUAAAAUCGAAUUAAAAUGGGAGAAAGGCGGCAGCGGUUUAGUGUUUUAUACAGAUGAUGUGUUUUGGAAAGAACAUGAAGGUCGAGAUUUCGAUAGUCUGGAUAUGGCUGAUGAUAUCGAUAUCGACAUGAGAAUGUAUGAGAAAAGUAGUGGUAUGUGGACAUUAGAAGCUAGAAAAAGAACAAGUCUUGGUUUUGUUUGUACAUUUACUUGUGUAGGAUCAGCCGAUCGUGAUGGAAAUGAAUUACAAAGUAUACGUCGUGAGGAAGAUUUGCGUGAAGGUCGAAUAUCAAACGAAACCAAUGCCGAACAUAAACGCAUCGGUGUUUUUGAAAGACAUACAAAGGGCAUUGGACGACGGUUACUGGAACGUGCCGGAUGGCAAGAUGGUGAGGGUCUGGGAUCAUCGGUCAAAGGUAUGGCAGAGGCAUUGACUGCCGAAGGUGGAAAAUUAUCUCAGAAAGAUAAAACUGGCCUAGGAUAUACUGGCGAAAAGGUAGAACGAAAUCCGUACAAGCGAAUGGCUACUGCGAGCAGUAGUAGUAAUAACAGACAACAGCAGCAUGACAUACAUAUCACAACAGUGUACGAUGAUCCAGAAGAAACUGACCCAGCAGCAGCAUCGAAUCGUCGAUGGGAGCCAACGAGAAAUAAAAAUCGACCACGGAAUGUGAAAAACGUGUUCGCUAAGCCAUAA